UCAUUUACCACUAAUCAGAUUCCGUGCACCACCUUCUUAAACAGCCUUCAUAACAAAAUGGCACCAACUUUUGAUGAUGGCAACUCUUUGUUCGAUUUUGUUGUGAAAGAUGGCAACGGAGUCAAGGGUCUGGUGGAUUCAGGAAUUACAAAAGUACCAGAAAGAUUCAUCCAACCACCAUCUGAGCGAAUUGUGAAAGUUGUCCAAAGCUCCAAAGAUCACUUCUCAGUCCCAAUUGAUUUAUCAAAGCUUGAUGGUCCCGACCAUGAUCAAGUGGUCGAGGCCAUUGUUAGAGCUGCUGAGACACUAGGGUUCUUUCAGGUGAUCAACCAUGGUGUGUCUUUCGACCUGCUGGAGUCCCUGAAAAAUGCUGCACACCGGUUUUUUGCACAGCCAGCAGAUGCUAAAGCUGUUUAUCUGAAGAGGGUCAGUCCCAGUCCCUUUGUGAAGUAUGGUACAAGCUUUGCACCCGAGCAAGAAAAGGCUCUGGAAUGGAAAGAUUUUGUUAGCAUGGUUUACACCAAUGAUGGUGAUGCACAACAGCAUUGGCCUAAAGUGUGCAAGGAAGAGGCACUUGAAUACUUGAAGUUAUCUUCUAAGAUGGUGAGAAGGCUGUUGGAAAUCUUAAUUGGAAAUCUUGGGGUGGCCCUUGAUGACUCUAGACUGGAAUCACUAACUGGCAAUAAGAUAGUCAACAUGAACUUCUAUCCAAUUUGCCCAAAUCCGGAACUGACUGUUGGUGUGGGGCGCCACUCUGAUAUGAGCAUCUUGACUGUGCUUUUGCAAGAUAAUGUUGGAGGUUUAUAUGUAAAGCUUGAAGAAGAUAUACUUGAUGGCAGAAAAGAAGAGUGGAUAGAGAUUCCACCAAUCCCAGGUGCUUUAGUUGUUAAUGCUGGGGAUUCAUUACAGAUCCUAAGCAAUGGAAGGUACAAAAGUGCUGAGCAUGGAGUGCGUACCACAAGCAAAAAAUCAAGAAUUUCUAUUCCAGUUUUCAAUCUCCCAAGGCCAACUGAGAAGAUAGGUCCUCUCCCUCAUGUUGUAGAGGUUGAUGGUGGAGCUGUCUACCGAGAAGUUAUGUUUCAAGAGUACAUGAGCAAUCAUGUUGGACAUGCUCAUGAUGGAAAGAAAUCCCUUGACUUUGUCAAAAUAAAAGCCAAUUAGAAUGAAGUAUAUGGAGCUUCUUUAAUUUUUUUUUUUUUUUUGACAAGAGAACCUACCGUCGCUACUGAAAAGUGCGCACUGGAUUGCAAUUUAUCUAACCACUGAGCUCCACCUCUCCUGAUGGAGUGGAAGGUCAGGGGUUCAUCCCUUGCCUCCCACCAAAUUAUCUGUCCCUCAUGGGUAACUCGAUUGGUCUCAGCAAGCCUCCUUAAGAUCUGGUGUCUAGUGCCCGCAAGGAUCCGAAUCCUGUGGUUAUCGUGUUCGGGGGAUGGGGGCCUCUCCUCCUGGGCUGGAGUGGGAUUAGUCAGGCCCCGUACGGAUUGACCCGAACACCCACUCCCUCAGCGAAAAAAAAAAAAAGAUUGCAAUUUAUCUUGAUUGUUGAAAGACAUUAAAAAAACCAUAUUGUGGGUUAGGUUUUAAUGUUCUCUUGUUGUACAAUUCUUCAUGCUAUGCUAGAUAGAUAGCUCUUUGGGGAACCUGAAUAAUUUGACUAGCUUUUUUUGUUAGAGGGAAAUACAGAUAUACAUUUUUUGAGUUUUAUGUGAGAAGAAUACUGGUACUACUUUGCUUUA